AUGGACGGCCAACCCAAUAACACCAACAUGGUUACACCCACCACCCAACAUCCAGAUCUCAUUGAUUCUUCUUCCGCGUCGCCUUCAUCAUACCCUCCUUCAUCCGAGUCUUACGACAACAUCAAUAACAAAGACCCUGUCAAGAUCAAUGGCAACACCAAUGGCAACCACGCCUCCCCAACAACAACCAAAAAGCCAUUCAACCAUGAGAGGAACGGCAACAAGAAGAAGAAGCACAAAAUCCUCUUCCUAGACGCCUACGACUCCUUCUCCAACAACAUCACCUCCCUCCUCACCACCCUCCUCGACGACGUAGAUGUCUACGUCCUCUCCAUCGACUCUCCCCUCCUUGACCCUACCUCGCCAGACUUCCACUCGAAAUUCUGCAGGGAACUCGCCCAGUACACGGCCGUGGUAUGCGGGCCUGGACCGGGAUCCCCCGAUAACGAGGCGGAUGUCGGGUUGAUGAGCCAUGUGUGGGAACUCACUGCUGCGGAUAGUGGACUGCUGCCCGUCCUGGGCAUCUGUCUCGGGUUCCAGAGCUUGGUGAAGUACGGUGGUGGAGAGGUGAAGAGGCUUAAGAAGGGGUUGCAUGGGAUGGUUAGGGAGGUUUUGCAUCGCUCGCAUGCACAUGCAGAGAGCGGAGAUGAAGGCGGCAAUAGCAAUAUCUUUCGGGAUGUAAAGCCGUUCAAGGCGACGCUUUAUCACUCGCUUUGCGGCGAUAUCGGGCAGCAUGAGAUGUGUGAGGCGGACUGGAAGGAAGAAAAGAGAGGUGCAAAGUGGAAGCCUAUUCAAGAGAAGUGUCCAGAUCUGUUGCCGCUGGCGUGGGUGGAAGAAGAGCGCGAGGAUGGGGACGUGGAGAGGAUCUUGAUGGGAGUGAAGCACCUGAGGAAACCAUUCUGGGGGUUGCAGUACCACCCGGAAUCGGUGUGCACGGAGCAAGAAGGGAACAAGGUCAUUGAGAACUGGUUCAGGGAGGCGCUGAGGUGGAAUGAAGAGAAGGGGAGGACGGUGGUGGAAGUUGCUGAGGGCGGGAGAUUGGCGCAUCAGGCUACUAAGCCUAGUCUGCUGUCGAGGUUGCAUGUGCCAGUUGGUGGCGACGACGAGCAGACGACGUCUUCUACUACUGCUGGUGGCGAGAGUAACAAAAUUUGGUGGGAGCGCAUGGGAAGGAGACCUCAGCAUCGUUCCGUCGCUGUCCGUCUGCCGCAUGGCGUGCAGGUGUCGGACGUGGUGGAGGAGCUGGGCUUGGAUGGCUCCGACAAGGUUAUGUUGUUGGAGUCUGCGAAUGCGGCUGCUACGGCGUCGGCGAGAGCGGAUGUGAGAGGUCGGUAUAGCAUCGUUGCGGCGGAGCUGGAAGAGGCGCUGCGGCUUGAGUAUCAUACUGGCAACGAGUAUGCUACUUUCAAGCUUCAGAAGGUCAACGGCUUGCAGGUUGAUCUGUCUGAGCGGGUCUUUCUCGGUUCUUACGGCGGGAUAUGGGGUCUCGUGGCCAGCUUCCAGGAGAUGCGAAGCCUUGGAAGUGGUGUUGGGCUUCCCGAUUUACCAUUCCUAGGAGGAUUUAUGGGUUUCAUCACUUAUGAACAAGGCCUGAGCGACAUUGACAUCCAUUUGGAGAACCGUCCACACCACCGGCCUGAUGUCUGUCUGGCAUGGGUAACAAAGAGCGUGGUCAUAGAUCACACUCUUGACUUGGCCCAUAUUCAGGAGUUGUAUUCUUCUGAUACGGACGUGGACAAUGACGCCUGGAUGCGGAACAUCGCAGACCGACUUGUAUCAACUUCAGCUCAUCACCAACAUCAGUUCCCCAACGAUUUACCUUCUCCAGCCAAAAAGUCGAAGACGCGCCGUCCAUCCACAAGCACAUCGAUACAAACACCUUUGACCAAAGAGUACGAAGCCAAGGUCAAGGCUUGCCAGGCGUUCAUUGCGGCCGGUGAUUCCUACGAGCUCUGUCUCACAGACCAAACCAAGAUUACUCGGCCCCUGAGCGACGCCAUCCCGUCAGCUACAUCUCAAGAACAUCAACGCCCAACAAGCCCAACCUUCAGCCGGAAACAGCAGCAUCGUCGGUCCUCUUCCUCUCUCGUACCCACGACGACCUCAAUCUCCGUCCCCUCCUCCUGGCACCUCUACAAAACCCUUCGCUCCCGCCAACCAGCCCCUUUCGCAUCCUACCUCCGCCUCGGCGGCGCCACUCUCGUCAGCGCCUCGCCCGAGCGCUUCCUGACGUACGACCAACGCGGGCGGUGCUCGAUGCGGCCGAUGAAGGGGACGGUGCGCAAGUCCGAAUCCGUCUCGACGCUUGAGCAAGCCGAGAAAAUCCUGCACGUGCCCAAAGAAGAGGCCGAGAACUUGAUGAUUGUCGACCUGGUCCGGCACGACUUGCACUCGAUUUGCGGAGCAGGGAAUGUGGAGGUGAGCGAUUUGCUCAAGGUGGAGGAGUACCAGAGCGUGUUUCAGAUGAUUACUGUUGUUGAGGGGCAGCUACCUUCUCAGCAGGACCAAGAUGGGAAGAACGGGAACAAGAAGAAAUACACGGGACUGGAUGUUCUCGCCGCCAGUCUGCCGCCUGGUAGCAUGACGGGGGCUCCCAAGAAACGCAGCUGCGAGCUGUUGCAGCAGAUUGAGCAGCACCGCGAGCGCAGUUUGUACUCGGGUGUUGUUGGGUACAUGUGUGUCACCGGCAGAGGAGACUGGAGCGUGACGAUCCGAAGUCUGUUCCGUUGGGACGAUGAGCGGGUAACUGUGCAGGGACAAGGAGAAGAAGAAUAUGCCCAGCAGAGUGAGGAGGAACAUGAGGUGUGGCGUAUUGGUGCUGGAGGUGCGGUUACCAUCCUGAGUACCCCUGAGGGUGAGCGGGAAGAGAUGUUUACGAAACUCGCUGGGCCGUUGAGGGUGUUUGCGGACCUGGGGUAA